GAAAAGAAAAGAAAGAAAGAAAGAAAGAAAAGAAAAAAAAAGAAAGAAAAGAAAGAAAAAAAAAAGCCAAAACAAAAGGGAGAACCUUCUCCCCGUAGCAGCGGCAGGAACUGCAAACAUGAUGGCGGCAGCUCCCAUCCAGCAGAACGGGACCCACACUGGGGUUCCCAUAGACCUGGACCCGCCGGACUCGCGGAAAAGGCCGCUGGAAGCCCCCCCUGAAGCCGGCAGCACCAAGAGGACCAAUACGGGCGAAGACGGCCAGUAUUUUCUAAAGGUUCUCAUACCUAGUUAUGCUGCUGGAUCUAUAAUUGGGAAGGGAGGACAGACAAUUGUUCAGUUGCAAAAAGAAACUGGAGCCACCAUCAAGCUGUCUAAGUCCAAAGAUUUUUACCCAGGUACUACUGAAAGAGUAUGCUUGAUCCAGGGAACAGUUGAAGCACUGAAUGCAGUUCAUGGAUUCAUUGCAGAAAAAAUUCGAGAAAUGCCCCAAAAUGUGGCCAAGACAGAACCAGUCAGUAUUCUACAACCCCAAACCACCGUUAAUCCAGAUCGCAUCAAACAAACAUUGCCAUCUUCCCCAACUACCACCAAGUCCUCUCCAUCUGAUCCCAUGACCACCUCCAGAGCUAAUCAGGUAAAGAUUAUAGUUCCCAACAGCACAGCAGGUCUGAUAAUAGGGAAGGGAGGUGCUACUGUGAAGGCUAUAAUGGAGCAGUCAGGGGCUUGGGUGCAGCUUUCCCAGAAACCUGAUGGGAUCAACUUGCAAGAGAGGGUUGUCACUGUGAGUGGAGAACCUGAACAAAACCGAAAAGCUGUUGAACUUAUCAUCCAGAAGAUACAAGAGGAUCCACAGAGUGGCAGCUGUCUCAAUAUCAGUUAUGCCAAUGUUACAGGUCCAGUGGCAAAUUCCAAUCCAACCGGAUCUCCUUAUGCAAACACUGCUGAAGUGUUACCAACUGCUGCCGCAGCCGCAGGGCUCUUAGGACAUGCUAACCUUGCUGGCGUUGCAGCCUUUCCAGCAGUCUUAUCUGGCUUCACAGGCAAUGACCUGGUGGCCAUCACCUCUGCACUUAAUACUUUAGCCAGCUACGGAUAUAAUCUCAACACAUUAGGUUUAGGUCUCAGUCAAGCAGCAGCAACAGGGGCCUUGGCUGCAGCAGCUGCCAGUGCCAACCCAGCAGCAGCAGCAGCCAAUUUGUUGGCCACCUAUGCCAGUGAAGCCUCAGCCAGUGGCAGCACAGCUGGUGGUACGGCGGGGACAUUUGCAUUAGGUAGCCUGGCUGCUGCUACUGCUGCAACCAAUGGAUAUUUUGGAGCUGCUUCUCCCCUAGCUGCCAGUGCCAUUCUAGGAACAGAAAAAUCCACAGAUGGAUCAAAGGAUGUAGUUGAAAUAGCAGUGCCAGAAAACUUAGUUGGUGCAAUACUUGGCAAAGGAGGGAAAACAUUAGUGGAAUACCAGGAGUUGACUGGUGCAAGGAUACAGAUCUCCAAAAAAGGAGAAUUCGUACCUGGCACAAGGAAUCGGAAGGUAACCAUUACUGGAACACCAGCUGCAACACAGGCUGCUCAGUAUUUAAUUACACAAAGGAUCACAUAUGAGCAAGGAGUGCGGGCUGCCAAUCCUCAGAAAGUGGGUUGAGUGCCCCAAUUAUACAUCAGAUUGUUUUAACCCCUCCUUUACCCCAUUUUCAAGAAGGAUGUACUGUACUUUGCAGAAGUGAAGUUUUUCUGUUAUUAAUAUAUAAUUAUGCAAAUGAAUGCGACUAUGUUGACAAUGUGUAUAUGUAAAUAAUAUGUGUUUUACCAGAUGUUUCAUAGAAAGAAUUUUUUCUUGAUCUGUUUUGUUCUCUAUACUUUGCUUGUGUAUAUUUGUCAGAGGUGUUUCUAGUGUAAGAUUUAAGCCUGCCAUUUUACCAGCAUUAUUGUAGUUUAAUGAUUGAAUGUAGACAGGGAUAUGCGUAUAGUUUUCAGUAUUAGUUCUAGAUAACACUAAAUUAACUACUGUUAGGUUGAGUAUGGUGGGGUCAGUGACCUAAAAUGGAGUGAGGCCAAAGCACUGUCAUGUAAGUCUUACUUCCUGCUUAGGGCACAGUGAAGUAGGAAACAAUAUUUUGAAAAUAAGUUUUAAAUUUAAAAUGAUCAAAAAGCAAUAUAGUUGCAUAAAAGCACUGUAAAAUAUUUAAAAGGUUAAAACUGUGGAAAAUUAUAUUGGUAAGUUUACAGAUCAAUAAAAGCACCUGUUCUCCAUCUGAACUAGACAAUGGAAAUAAUGCUGCAUGCUGGCCAUGGCCCAUUCUUCAUCAUUUGUAAGUUCAACAAAAGUUCUCACAUGGAGUCCCACCUCUUCAGAGGUUUGUACAUUUGUUUUUAAGCACUGAAUUCACUACUGAUCCCAUCGCCUGGCCAGUAGAACAGUCAUUACUCCAUUAACAUCCUCACUGUUUAGACACAUAACUGUGGUACAGUGUAUUGGAAAUUUUAUAAACAAAAGUGAAAGUGCCAACAAAUUAUUGAUAGCUGAUAAUGUUUCAUUAUCUGCAACUGCUUGAUAAGUAUGUUGCAUUUUAAGAGCUUAUAAUUGUGUAUAAUUUGUUAACACUAGAAACCUAUUAGUAUUGUGAAUGUAGAUUUUACUGUGAAGCUAUCUGUGAUUUAGCUGUUUGCUCCCAUGAUGGAGUCUUUGCAGCAUGGCGCUAGCAGCCAAUGCAGUUUCUAAUACUCGGUAAUUUGCAUGUUUUGUGGAGCAUUUUUAUGUCACCAACCAGACAGUAUUUCCUGCAUGCUUAUUUAGAAGAGGCAGUUUAUCUUGAGAGGUAGUGUGAUCUACCUUUGUCAGGCUUUUUGACAGGUCAUUUCAAAGUAAGCCUUUGUUCCCAAGACCCAACAACUGUCACCCUCUUCUGUACCUCUCCUGAGUGCCAACUGUCCAGGCCAUUUGACACACCAUCUGUUAACCUCUGAGUUUGCCCACUCAAGGCCACUCAUAGGGGCAUCCAUCCCCAAGCACCUCCUCAUGCUGUGCAUGCAGUCUUAAAUUCAAUGGACAAAAAUAAAAUGCUGGCUACCUCUGGAUCAUCUGGCUGAGCAACUGAAUUACAAAAGAGAAUUACUUCCAUCUCAACUUCAACCCAUUGAUUACGUCCAUCCUAGCAAGCUAAAUGGCAUCCCAGCUGCUCCUUUCUGUGCAACCAAUUAAAGAACAAUGAGUGUGAUGCUCCAUGUCUGAAUUUCGUCCAGCCUCUCUCUGAACUGUGAUCUUUGUCCUCAUGAACUUUCCCUUUUGUUCAUUGAACUAUAUGGACUCUUCAUUUCAUAUUGAUUUACUGUGCAAUUUACUUUUGGACAUUGAGAACUUGAAAUUAUUUCCUGAUCCCUUCCCCUUCCACUAUUAAUAAUUCAUUUCUGUCAAACUGUAAGAGUAGAUUCAUUUUUUUUUUAGUUUUUAACAUUGGACUGUUAUUUCAUUUAGAGUUCUCUAUCUCUAAAUAUUUAUUUAGAGAAUGAUUUUAAAAGGGAAUGAUAUGCUUGUUUAAAUGAAAGAGAAAAGCUGUAGUAAACUGUGUUAAUUGGUAAUGACUAUUUAUCGUCGAUACUCUGUAGCUGUGUAAGUUUUGACAAAUAGUGUAUCUCGUGGAAUCAGUGGUUAGCAUUGCCGCUAUUAUAUUUACUCAUUUUAUCAUUAUAAAUGUGCUUAGUUCAUCAUGUAGCAUCACUUGUCUCCCGUCUCAUUUUUUCCUUGCAUGUCACAAGUCUCAGAUCAUUUAUAAUACAUUAACAGUAAAUAAUAUCUAUGUAAAUUUCUUUCACCGUGCUGUCUCAGAGUCAGCAGUGAACAAAGGCAAAGAUUGGGGCCCCACUUAGUUGAAAAAGAGAAAGGAAGUGAUAUAGGAUGUGUAUUAGAAGCAUUUCAAAUGUUGGGUCUUUAAAAUGUUUUGUUCAGUCGUAGCAAAUCUUCAACCUUUUAUUUCAAAAUUCCAGUAGUCCACUGUGGAGCCCAUGCAUUUCAUCUGGAAUUUAAUGUUACUUUGAAGCCAAACCAUUUAAACAAUUAUGUGUAUUUUACUAGCUAGUAUUGCUGAAAAUGCACUCAGUUCAAUUUUAAUUGUAAAUGGGAAUUUUAAACUUUUGCUAGUUGGCAUGGUUAUAUGUUAGUUAAAUCUGAAAGCUAAAUUGAAGAUAUUUACAUUUUAAUUUAUGGUAACAGAUAAGGGUUUGUGUGCAUUAUGUGUAAAUCAGCUUCAUGCUGUCUAAAAACUUAUUCUCUGAAAUUUAUAGACCAUGUAGAAUUGAUUUGUGAUGUGAUGCUUUAAUUUACUGGAAGAAAAUUAGUAUGGCUUCAAACUGCCACAGGUAGGCAUGUAACAAUGGCUGUUCAGCUAUACUGAUCCAAAAUGGAGAAAACUGAUGAUACAAGGGCCAAACAUCUUAUGAAAUGCAACUAUUUAUAGACUUGUUUUGCUAUAGGGAGGCUGGUGAACAUGCUGAAUACGAAUUACCUCAGUUCUGCAGCUUUCUAUGUCUUUUUAAUGCAUUCUGUUUCAGGGUCACUUUCAAUCAAUAUUUCAUUUACUUACUGAGAUUGAAUGGGCGCUCUGAGACACAGUGUGCUGUUUAUCAUACAGAUUGGACACCUCAUUCUAGAUCCAAGAUCUUUUCCUCAACACUGGGAGCUGUCCUUUCAGCACCACAAAAUUACUGCUUGAAGUUGCAUUGCAGUUUUUUUUUUUCCUUUAUCACUGGGAGCUUUUCUUUCAGCACCACAACAUUGCACCUAGACUUUUUAAACGGCUGCCUUCCUCUUUGCACUGAAGACCAAUUUCGUCUGCACUUCCAGUUAUUGCUAUUACCUGUAGGACUUUCAAUCCUACUUCACCUCACCCACCCCACUCCUGAAACAGUUAAAUGUAUCUAUUUCUGUGGAAGUCAUUUUCUCAUUGAAUGAUCAGAAACAAAGAUAAAUUCUAACCUGUAACGGCUCAUUUCGACUCAUUGCUUACAAUAGAUCUAAGCUCUUUUUUCUGCUUAUUCGACUCCUUCCAGCUUCCCAUCACAUCUGUAACAAACUUUUAAAAUUAUAUUGCCACACCACCAUGCACAGCCUACCUGCACAGUAGAGAUAGAUUAUUCCAUCGUAUUCAGAUGGUUAACAGAGGUUAGCAAGUCCUGUAUUAUAUAUUUAUAUCGCUUUCUAAGAAAGUGCAUAUUAAUGUUUACUUUAAGAAUGUGUAAAUGGUGCUAUCAAGAAUCUGAUAAAUUUUAUCCCAGUUUUUUGUGUACCACUUCUAAUGUAUGAGAUUUAUUUUUCUAUUGGAAAAAAUAAACAGUAUGAAAGCAUUAAA